AAAUAGUAAUUACUUCAUUUAAAAAUAAUUUUGUGAAUAGUUAGAUAAUUCAGUCAAACACGGUUGAAAUAUCUAACGGUUUACAAUAUCACUUUUUUAUAAAAAUGCGAAAUAGCUACUAUCAUAAAUUAGUAUAAUGUGGUACCUUAAUUUUUAAUAUUUUUUUAGUUUAAAACGAUUCUUUUGUUAAACCAUUUCUUACAAAUAGUUUAAUGCCUAAUGACACUUAAGAUAUUUAUAUUUUAGUUAUUAUUUUUGUAUAAAAAUAUCUUUAAUCUUUAUGUAAAUGAUAUUUUUAAAAUAUGUCACAAUUGUUUAAUUUUAAUUUAUGCGUAAAAUCAAUGAAGUAUAUUUUAGAAACUUACUCUUUGAUUUUGUUAAUUGUUGAAAUCCUAAUACUGCAUUUUUUCGGUUAAUUUUUGAAGUUGAAUUAGGUAUAGUCGUAAGAUUAAUGAAUGAUUAGUGCAUUAUUACUCUUUUAGGUUUAAACUAUAUAUGUCUACCAUUAUUUCUCAAUUAUUACCCCCUUAAUAGUGCUAUAUAUUGUUUACUAUUUUAAUUUGUUUGCGCAGAUAAUGAUUAAUAAAAAAAUCUGUUAGUUGGUUCGUGGAUAUUAUGUCUUUCUAACUUUCUUUGUCCUGUUCAAGAAGUUGUUGAAAUGUGGAGAGGUUUACAAUGACCACAAAGUGUUUGAUAAAAUUCCUAAACGAAAAAAUUCAGCAUAUGAUCUAUUAUAACCUUGAGAGACUUCACAUAAUAUGUUAUUAUCAUAUAUCAACAAGCUAUGCUUUUUCAUCUUCUUGGGACAAAAUGGAUCUACAUAUUACAACACGGCCGCGCUAGUUUCUUGUGUGCAAAGUUUCCCGGAGAGUCGAGGGCCGGUGGUGGGGAUACUGAAGGGUUUUGUUGGCUUAAGUGGCGCAAUAUGGACUCAAAUUGUUGCCAUGAUCAGCUUCCCUGAUCAAGCAUCUCUGAUUUUUGUCAUAGCAGUUGGGCCUGCUAUGGUUUCUUGCGCUCUCAUGUUCAUCAUAAGGCCUGUCGAAAGCUACAACAAGCAAUCUUCUAGAUCCUCUGAGGAUGGUUCCGGCUUCAUGUUCAUCUAUAGUGUUUGCCUUCUAUUAGCAGCAUAUCUUAUGGGGGUUUUAAUGCUAGAAAACAUGUUCAAUUUGGACCACAACACCAUUACAUUAAUUGCGAUUGUUUUGAUCAUUCUCAUUUUGCUUCCAAUUAUAGUUCCUAUCUUUAUGGUUUUCUUUACUCAACCUCAAAAUCUAGAUCAAGAAAGCCUUCUUCAACCAGAAACAAGAACAAGUACAUCAACGCGUGUGGUAGAUGGUGAGACUAGUGCAAGUUCUUGCCUUGUCAAAGAAGAUAAAGCUCAAAAGCAAACAGGGCUGCCAGUAACCGAAAGGCAAGGGAAAAUUGUUAAGUUUCAAGCUAAGCUUUCGCGAGUAAUCUCUGAAGCUGUGAAGAAAUUGAAGCAGAAGAAUGGGCCGCAUCGAGGAGAUGAUUUCACCCUAUCACAAGCAUUGAUGAAGGCUGAUUUCUUGAUCAUGUUCUUCUCUAUUGUCUUGGGGUGUGGAUCAGGUUUGACAAUGAUCAACAACAUGGGUCAGAUUUGCCAGUCCUUGGGAGACAACAAUGUCAAUGUGUAUAUAUCAGUUAUCAGCAUAUCAAACUUCCUCGGCCGAGUCGGCGGCGGCUUUUUCUCAGAGGUUAUAGUAAGAAAUUUUGCAUACUCGAGACUUCUUGCAUUGGCAGUGGUUCAAGGAAUGAUGGCAGUGGGACUCUCCUACUAUGCCAUGGGUUUGGUUGGUCAAGUUUAUGUAGUGGCCAUAUCAACGGGUUUUGGCUAUGGUGCACACUGGUCAAUUGCAAUUGCUGCAGCUUCGGAGAUAUUUGGCUUGAAGAACUUUGGAACUUUGUACAAUUUUCUCACUGUGGCUAGCCCAACCGGAUCUCUAUUUUUGUCCGGAUUCGUCGCCAGCAAAAUAUAUGACUACUAUGCAGAGCAGCAAGCAAAACAGAGAAUGCAGAGUCUUAAGGCCUCAUUGAACUUUACAUUGCCUUAUGUCGCAAGAAACGAAGAAUCGCUUGUUUGUGAAGGAAACAUAUGCUUUUCCCUAACAUGUAUAAUCUUUGCAGUGGUUUGUCUGUUCGCUGCAGCUUUGAGCUUGAUCUUAGUCCACCGGACUAAGAGGUUCUAUGCGCAGCUUCAUGUGAAGUCUCUAUCUUGAGUAGUGUCAUUAAGGUUGCUUUCGAAAACUGUCUCAGGAUAGAAAUAUAGAUAUCGAGCGACACAAACCUAUUUGUGCAAGAAAAUAGGUGUCUCAGAAUAUAUUUUUUGGCCACCAUAUAGGACAAUGGAGACAGAUUCAGUGUUUUUGAAUUCAAUGUCUUGAAGUUACAAAGAUCCUAGGUUUGAAUGUUGUAUUGGAUGUGUACAUGGUCUAUUAUGUGUAAUUGUUGUGGCCUUUCUUGUCCAAGAUUGUUUUAUUCA